GCAUUAAUUUGCCCGAUAUGCUUAAUCUCGCUUGGCUAUCUGGGUUUAAACUGUGGAAUUUACAAGAAAAAAUUGUGAAAUAUAACUCUUGCUUUUGACAAAUUCGUUUUGAGCAGAUUUUACGUAAAAAACAUGCGUGAAAAGGUAUGAAAUAUAUGUUUUUAUUUCUUUAAUUAACCAAGCAGAUCAUGUUUUUAUCGGUAUUCGUACGGUGAGAUGUUUAAUUUCUGAAAAAUAAGAAGAUUCCAGUUUAGGAAACUGUUCCAAAUUCAGUGCUUUUCCUUUACUAAAACUAAAAUAGUACUUUGUGUAAGACAUAUAACAUUUAGAAAAGAAAGAAAUCUAUUUUAUAUAAUCUUGUAACAGAUUUGUUAUGAACAUUUAUUUUCUAUACUCUUAUUUCCCGCUUUCAAUUAAUAUUUAAUCGCAGGAUCUUUUCUCAAUCAAUAUAAAUUAUACUUUCAGAUAAAACUUCGAGAACACAAAGUAACCAGCUGUUAUCGAAGUUAUACUUUAGAAUGCUCAACUUUACAAAUGCGCAAUUCAAAGUAAACAAUUUAUGAAUUUUUACUAUCGGGAAGACGGAGACAAAUAUUUCAAAAAUAGAAAAAAAGAAGAAAAAAAUGAACAUUAUGAUGACAUUAUGUAAGAAAGUUAUCUCAACACAACAUUAUGUAUAUGACACAUUAAAUUUCUAAUAUUGUUACGACUAAUAUUUGAUAGAAUCCACAAGUAUGUCGAUAGAAAUUACGAACAUGAUAAUGAUUAAUGAUUCGAUGACGCAGAGCGUGAAUAUAUCAAAUCAAAUCAGAAAUGUUGAUAGAAUACUGUAUUUGUAUGGAGCACCACCAUUGAUCCUCUUCUGUAUCAUUUCAAUAAUCGUAAAUAUCAAGGUUCUAAUAAGCGUAUUUUGGAUUAGACGCCCACUCAGUCCAACAUUAUAUAUCAGUUUAAGUCUAGCAGGCGCAGAUGCUUUCUCCAGCAGUGUUCUGAGUAUAGGACUAGUUAUGAAUAGUUUUAUACCUAUUGGUCUCGGAAUCCAAUUGAAAGGCAUGGACUGUUUUUUACUGGCUCUUGAAGUUGUGAGAUUGGGAGGCGUGAUAAUUACGGUAUUUCAUCUAACGGCGUUGGCUGUCAAUCAUUAUCUGGGCAUUCUCAAACCCCUUCACUAUCUUUCGAUCCUGACAUACAAAAACACUACAAUUUUAUUAGUUCUACUGUGGAUGUUACCUAUCUCUUUCUUCGCGUUGUACUUUAAUUUAAUUGAGAAUGAUGGUUUUCAGUCUGAAGAAUGCAAAAACAGCAUGUUCCUAUUUCAUAAACAAUUUCGAAUGUUAUUUAGCAGUCUCUUUUUCGGGCCUUUCAUCCUGAUGGUUUGCAUUUAUAUUCACAUAUUUUGCAUAGUGAAGAGACAUCAAGCCAUGAGACUACGCUUUCAUAGAGCAGGAUCUUCCGUACGUGCAAGAGCGUUAGAAGCGUUACGCAGUAAUUCUAGACAAAUGGCGCGUAAUGUUAAAGCUAUCCACACAACUUUAUAUAUACUUGGUAAGACUUGACGCCGUAAGAAAAUUGCGCAGUUAUCAAGAACAGAGAGACCAAUAUUAUAUCAAGUUUUGUAGCAACACAGAUUCAAUUUAAAAUACGAAGGAACAACAGGAUGACGGCAAUAAAAAAAGGCCAUACUUAAGAUUUUUUUAACUCACUCAUACAUUGCAGAAAUGUCGGAGUUAGUGGUUUAAAAAGUACAUACUUUGAACUUAGUUAAAAAAAUUUUUUUAUUAAAAAAUAUGUUAAAGUACAAUUGCAAUGGUCGCUGUAACAUGCUGCACGGAAGAAUAACCGAGUUAUCACCAUAAUUCGUCUAAUAAUGAUUUGAAAAUCAAAAGAAAAACAUUGUUUUAAUCUAUAUUAGUAUGGUUUCAGUUAAGCGUACCCGAUUUUUUUUAAAACAAAUUAUUAAUAAAAUAGCAGUUCUUAAAAAAAAAGUUUAAAAAAUUAGUUUUUUUA